AUGAAAUAUAUAAACGUAAGUACGCUUUCAGAAUAUCAAACAACAUAUUACGACGAUGUGGACAGCAACUUUCCAGUCAUAACAUUAGAAGUUUUAUCCACCGAAGACACUAGCGAGAACUUUACCGAACAAAUAGAAACAGACGAAAACGAGACACAAGAAGCUGGCGUACAUUUUCUAUCAGAAGUGCCCAAUGAAGCGGAAAAAGAUGGAGAUAACGAUGAAACAAAAGAAAGUGUGCGUAACGACCUUUUAGAAUACAUGAUACGCAAUGACGGCAGAGUGAUUUGUAAGCUCUGUGGUGAAGUGCUACAGAGUCGAACGCAUUGGUACAGACAUAAAUAUAAAGUUCAUAUAAUACACCCGUUGAAUCCAACGCCGUUAUUUCAAUGUGAUAAGUGCCGCGUGUUUUUCAAAAGUAGAAAAGGCUAUAUUGGACACAUCGCCAGCAGACACAGCGAAGAUUAUUCUGACUCCAUGCCUAUAUUAACUAACAAUCAAGCAGAAAUAGCUAGAGAAACUCCAGUAAUCCAGAGUACAGCCGUUAUUAAGGAUGAGGUAGAUCCUGAAAUGUCAAUUCCCAAAACGAGUGUGCCAAAUUUCCAAAAUCAAACUUCUUCCAUUAAAAUCAUCCGACAUAUUAAACUGGAUAACAAAAAACCUGAUCGAUUUAGCAAUAGAGGUGAAAUACUAGACAAAACAUCAAGCGAAUGGGAAGAGCAGCGUUUGCGGGAGGAGAAAUUAGUUGCGGAUAUAAUUGCAAGGGUUCGUAAGGAGUGCGAGGCGAAAGGAGAUGGCGCAGCACGCAAAGGAUACUCCCGGAGAACCACUGUUAUGCACACGUGA